AUGCGCAUAGCGACACUGAUUGCACUCGUGCAGCUGUCGCUCGCUACAGCUGUUUCAGACGAGAAAACACUUACAGCAGCAGAGCUGAACUUCCAGUUAUCUGGAAACAAUGCUCUCUCCCCAUUUUACUCCAGCGAGAGUGAUGAGACCGGUGUGACCUUCGUCAGAGGUUCCCGUGCUGCGGACUCGCCCCUCUCUCCGGAUAUCGAUGUGAAAUGUUCGGCUGACUUCAUUGAAGUCACUGUUGAAUUUGCUGAUGUCUUUGAUGGCAUAAUUUACAGCAAGGGACAUUUGAAUGACGCAAAAUGCAAAUAUGUUUCGAUUGGUGGUAGUCAGUCGCGUUACUCUUUCCGAGUGCCAUUGAAUGGCUGUGGUUCCAGACCUCUGUGUAACGCGUGUGGUACUAUUGACAAUGUUCUUGUCUUCCAAACCGAUGACUUUGUGCAGGGCCCCAGCGACUUCGCUAGAAAGGUAUCCUGCGCCAGCACAGCGCUGGAAGUAUCCACCGGGGUCAAGAAAGAGUCUUCACACGUCCUCAAACUAAAACCCUUCAUGGUUGACAUGCUCGAUGUGGUCGCAGUACCUGGACCUACUGGUGGCAUUGAGUGCUGGAUGGAUAUUCAAAGAGGAGAAUUUCCUAAAACAACUCCCUUGGAAAAAUCGAUUAAGAUUGGAGAGUAUCUCACCAUCCUUAUAUAUCUAAGAGACGAAAGAAACAAGUUCAGCUUAAAGGUACACGACUGCUGGGCAUAUGAUAAUGAAGACUACGAUAGUCCUCAAACAAGCAAAAUACAGCUCACAGACAAAGAAGGAUGCCCCAAAAAGAAGAAGUUGAUUGAUUAUUGGCAAACAUCGACGAAUACUGGCAAGAGUGGUGCCACUGUAAUCACUUACAGCAAAGUCAGUGCCUUCCGCUUUCCAGAGACUGACCAAGUCUAUUUAACAUGUAAUGUUGAGUUGUGCACAAGUGACUGCCAGUCAAACUGUGAAGGCAAUGAAAUAACAACAACAUUCAGACCAGAAUUUAAAUGUUACCCCGGUUCAAACGAUGCCAGAUGUGGAGUAACAGCACCUCCACAAAUAGUAUGUGGACCUGAUUCUGAAGACUCUCGAUGCCCAAAGCCAACAACUCUAUCACCUCCAAGAUGCUUCCCUGGAAGCCUUGAUCCACGUUGCCCUUCACCAACUACUCCUGAAGCACCAAGAUGCUUCCCUGGUAGUAACGACCCUCGUUGUCCACAACCUACUACACCACAGCCACCUAGAUGUUACCCAGGCAGUUCCGAUCCACGUUGUCCUCAACCAACUACGCCACAGCCUCCAAGAUGUUUCCCAGGCAGCACAGACCCGCGUUGCCCCAAACCAACUACUCCUGAAGCACCAAGAUGCUUCCCUGGUAGUAACGACCCUCGUUGUCCACAACCUACUACACCACAGCCACCUAGAUGUUACCCAGGCAGUUCCGAUCCACGUUGUCCUCAACCAACUACGCAACAGCCACCUAGAUGUUACCCAGGUAGCACAGACCCACGUUGCCCCAAACCAACGACACCAGCUCCGCCCAGAUGUUUCCCAGGCAGCACAGACCCACGGUGUCCAAAACCUACAACACCUAAACCAAUUUGCUAUCCAGGCUCCCCAGAUCCCAGCUGUCCUCAGCCUUCAAGCAUAGCAACCUUAACUCCAGCCACGUAUCUACCUCCAUCAACAACAGAAAAACUGCAAUGUCUCCCAGGCAGCAGUGACCCACGUUGUCCACAACCCACUACACCAUCUCCACCAAGAUGUUUCCCAGGUAGCACAGACCCACGUUGCCCCAAACCUACGACACCUGAAGCACCAAGAUGUUUCCCAGGCAGCACAGACCCGCGGUGCCCCAAACCAACUACUCCUGAAGCACCAAGAUGCUUCCCUGGUAGUAACGACCCUCGUUGUCCACAACCUACUACACCACAGCCACCUAGAUGUUACCCAGGCAGUUCCGAUCCACGUUGUCCUCAACCAACUACGCAACAGCCACCUAGAUGUUACCCAGGUAGCACAGACCCACGUUGCCCCAAACCAACGACACCAGCUCCGCCCAGAUGUUUCCCAGGCAGCACAGACCCACGGUGUCCAAAACCUACAACACCUAAACCAAUUUGCUAUCCAGGCUCCCCAGAUCCCAGCUGUCCUCAGCCUUCAAGCAUAGCAACCUUAACUCCAGCCACGUAUCUACCUCCAUCAACAACAGAAAAACUGCAAUGUCUCCCAGGCAGCAGUGACCCACGUUGUCCACAACCCACUACACCAUCUCCACCAAGAUGUUUCCCAGGUAGCACAGACCCACGUUGCCCCAAACCUACGACACCUGAAGCACCAAGAUGUUACCCCGGCAGUAGUGACCCACGUUGUCCACAACCCACUACACCAUCUCCCCCAAGAUGCUUCCCAGGCAGCACAGACCCACGUUGUCCCAAACCUACUACUCCUGAAGCACCAAGAUGUUACCCCGGCAGUAGUGACCCACGUUGUCCACAACCCACUUCACCAUCUCCCCCAAGAUGCUUCCCAGGUAGCACAGACCAGCGUUGCCCCAAACCUACGACACCGGCUCCGCCAAGAUGUUUCCCAGGCAGCACAGACCCACGUUGUCCCAAACCUACUACUCCUGAAGCACCAAGAUGUUACCCCGGCAGUAGUGACCCACGUUGUCCACAACCCACUACACCAUCUCCCCCAAGAUGCUUCCCAGGCAGCACAGACCCACGUUGUCCCAAACCUACAACUCCAGAAGCACCAAGAUGUUACCCCGGCAGUAGUGACCCACGUUGUCCACAACCCACUACACCAUCUCCCCCAAGAUGCUUCCCAGGCAGCACAGACCCACGUUGUCCCAAACCUACUACUCCUGAAGCACCAAGAUGUUACCCCGGCAGUAGUGACCCACGUUGUCCACAACCCACUACACCAUCUCCCCCAAGAUGCUUCCCAGGCAGCACAGACCCACGUUGUCCCAAACCUACAACUCCAGAAGCACCAAGAUGUUACCCCGGCAGUAGUGAUCCACGUUGUCCACAACCCACUACACCAUCUCCCCCAAGAUGCUUCCCAGGCAGCACAGACCCACGUUGUCCCAAACCUACUACUCCUGAAGCACCGAGAUGUUACUCCGGCAGUAGUGACCCACUUUGUCCACAACCCACUACACCAUCUACGCCAAGAUGUUUCCCAGGCAGCACAGACCCACGUUGUCCCCAACCUACUACGCAACAGCCACCUAGAUGUUACCCAGGCAGUACAGAUUCACGUUGUCCCAAACCUACAACAGCGAAACCAAUUUGCUAUCCAGGCUCCCCAGAUCCCAGCUGUCCACAGCCUUCAAGCGUAGCAACAUUAACUCCAGCCACGUAUCUACCUCCAUCAACAACAGAAAAACUGCAAUGUCUCCCAGGCAGCAGUGACCCACGUUGUCCACAACCCACUACACCUGAAGCACCAAGAUGUUUCCCAGUAGUGACCCACGUUGUCAACAACCCACUACACCAUCUCCCCCCAAGAUGCUUCCCAGGCAGCACAGACCCACGUUGUCCCAAACCUACUACUCCUGAAGCACCAAGAUGUUACCCCGGCAGUAGUGACCCACGUUGUCCACAACCCACUACACCAUCUCCGCAAAGAUGUUUCCCAGGUAGCACAGACCCACGUUGCCCCAAACCUACGACACCUGAAGCACCAAGAUGUUAUCCCGGCAGUAGUGACCCACGUUGUCCACAACCCACCACACCAUCUCCCCCAAGAUGCUUCCCAGGCAGCACAGACCCACGUUGUCCCAAACCUACUACUCCUGAAGCACCAAGAUGUAACCCCGGCAGUAGUGACCCACGUUGUCCACAACCCACUACACCAUCUCCCCCAAGAUGCUUCCCAGGCAGCACUGACCCACGUUGCCCACAACCAACGACUCCUGAAGCACCAAGAUGUUACCCCGGUAGUUCCGAUCCACGUUGUCCAAAACCUACGACACCAGCUCCGCCAAGAUGCUUCCCAGGCAGCACAGACCCACGUUGCCCAAAACCUACUACUCCUGAAGCACCAAGAUGUUACCCCGGUAGCUCCGAUGCACGUUGUCCCCAACCUACUACGCAACAGCCACCUAGAUGUUACCCAGGUAGCACAGACCCACGUUGCCCCAAACCAACGACACCAGCUCCGCCCAGAUGUUUCCCAGGCAGCACAGACCCACGGUGUCCAAAACCUACAACACCUAAACCAAUUUGCUAUCCAGGCUCCCCAGAUCCCAGCUGUCCUCAGCCUUCAAGCAUAGCAACUUUAACUCCAGCCACGUAUCUACCUCCAUCAACAACAGAAAAACUGCAAUGUCUCCCAGGCAGCAGUGACCCACGUUGUCCACAACCCACUACACCAUCUCCCCCAAGAUGCUUCCCAGGCAGCACAGACCCACGUUGUCCCAAACCUACUACUCCUGAAGCACCAAGAUGUUACCCCGGCAGUAGUGACCCACGUUGUCCACAACCCACUACACCAUCUCCCCCAAGAUGCUUCCCAGGCAGCACAGACCCACGUUGUCCCAAACCUACUACUCCUGAAGCACCAAGAUGUUACCCCGGCAGUAGUGACCCACGUUGUCCACAACCCACUUCACCAUCUCCCCCAAGAUGCUUCCCAGGUAGCACAGACCAGCGUUGCCCCAAACCUACGACACCGGCUCCGCCAAGAUGUUUCCCAGGCAACACAGACCCACGUUGUCCCAAACCUACUACUCCUGAAGCACCAAGAUGUUACCCCGGCAGUAGUGACCCACGUUGUCCACAACCCACUACACCAUCUCCCCCAAGAUGCUUCCCAGAUCCCAGCUGUCCACAGCCUUCAAGCAAAGCAACCUUAACUCCAGCCACUUAUCUACCUCCAUCAACAACAGAAAAACUGCAAUGUCUCCCAGGCAGCAGUGACCCACGUUGUCCACAACCCACUACACCAUCUCCGCCAAGAUGUUUCCCAGGCAGCACAGACCCACGUUGCCCAAAACCUACUACCCCUGAAGCACCAAGAUGUUACCCCGGUAGCUCCGAUGCACGUUGUCCCCAACCUACUACGCAACAGCCACCUAGAUGUUACCCAGGUAGCACAGACCCACGUUGCCCCAAACCAACGACACCAGCUCCACCCAGAUGUUUCCCAGGCAGCACAGACCCACGGUGUCCAAAACCUACUACUCCUGAAGCACCAAGAUGUUACCCCGGUAGCUCCGAUCCACGUUGUCCUCAACCUACUACGCCACAGCCUCUUAGAUGUUUCCCAGGCAGCACAGACCUACGUUGUCCCAAACCUACUACUCCUGAAGCACCAAAAUGUUAUACCGGUAGUUCCGAUCCACGUUGUCCAAAACCAACGACACCAGCUCCGUCCAGAUGUUUCCCAGGCAGCACAGACCCACGUUGCCCAAAACCUACUGCCCCUGAAGCACCAAGAUGUUACCCCGGUAGCUCCGAUGCACGUUGUCCCCAACCUACUACGCAACAGCCACCUAGAUGUUUCCCAGGUAGCACAGACCCACGUUGCCCCAAACCAACGACACCAGCUCCACCCAGAUGUUUCCCAGGCAGCACAGACCCACGGUGUCCAAAACCUACUACUCCUGAAGCACCAAGAUGUUACCCCGGUAGCUCCGAUCCACGUUGUCCUCAACCUACUACGCCACAGCCUCUUAGAUGUUUCCCAGGCAGCACAGACCUACGUUGUCCCAAACCUACUACUCCUGAAGCACCAAAAUGUUAUCCCGGUAGUUCCGAUCCACGUUGUCCAAAACCAACGACACCAGCUCCGCCCAGAUGUUUCCCAGGCGGCACAGACCCACGGUGUCCAAAACCUACUACUGAAGCACCAAGAUGUUACCCCGGUAGCUCCGAUCCACGUUGUCCUCAACCUACUACGCCACAGCCUCUUAGAUGUUUCCCAGGCAGCACAGACCUACGUUGUCCCAAAACUACAACACCUAAACCAAUUUGCUAUCCAGGCUCCCCAGAUCCCAGCUGUCCUCAGCCUUCAAGCAUAGCAACCUUAACUCCAGCCACGUAUUUACCUCCAUCAACAACAGAAAAACUGCAAUGUUUCCCAGGCAGCAGUGACCCACGUUGUCCACAACCCACUACUCCAUCUCCGCCAAGAUGUUUCCCAGGCAGCACAGACCCACGUUGUCCCAAACCCACUACUCCUGAAGCACCAAGAUGUUACCCUGGUAGCUCCGAUGCACGUUGUCCCCAACCUACUACGCAACAGCCACCUAGAUGUUACCCAGGUAGCACAGACCCACGUUGCCCGAAACUUACGACACCAGCUCCGCCAAGAUGCUUCCCAGGCAGCUCAGACCCACGUUGCCCAAAACCCACUACUCCUGAAGCACCAAGAUGUUACCCUGGUAGCUCCGAUGCACGUUGUCCCCAACCUACUACGCAACAGCCACCUAGAUGUUACCCAGGUAGCACAGACCCACGUUGCCCCAAACCAUCGACACCAGCUCCGCCAAGAUGCUUCCCGGGCAGCACAGACCCACGUUGUCCAAAACCUACUACCCCUGAAGCACCAAGAUGUUACCCCGGUAGCUCCGAUGCCCGUUGUCCCCAACCUACUACGCAACAGCCACCUAGAUGUUACCCAGGCAGUACAGAUCCACGUUGUCCAAAACCUACAACACCCAAACCAAUUUGCUAUCCAGGCUCCCCAGAUCCUAGCUGUCCUCGGCCUUCAAGCAUAGCUACCCUAACCCCAGCCACCACAAACCCACUAUGUCCAUCAACGCCUACCCCAAAACCUACACCAAGUUCUUGCUACCCUGGAUCAAAGGAUCCUAAAUGUCCUCAACCGUUUGCCCCAAGCAGUACAAACCCACCUCAAGAUUAUCUUCCUCCAGUUGGUAAUGAAAUAAAUUCAUCUAUCAAGGGAAAACUGGCUCGAAAAAGCAUAGAAGAUUAUGAUGAUCCUUUAAGUGAUGCCGGAUCCUUUGAGUUUUCGCGUACACAACCUAAAAAAAGAGUUGCAAGAGACAUAAGCAAAAAUGCCAAUAACUUAAUAGAUCCUUAUGGAGCCGGGUACAUUUACGGGACAUUUGUAGGGGUUACAGUAUUUAUUGUUUUCUCUGUAGCUCUAUCAGUUUUUAUGUAUAAACGAUCACGAGUCCAAAAACAAACAAAUGUACAAAACCUUUGUUAA